AUGGGAUACAGAGGAUUUUGGUAAACGGAGCCCACAACUGAUACACGGUGUAACCUAUGUUUCAGGCCCAUUAAGCCCAUAAACUGAACCACCCCCUCACAGUUUUCUGUAGCUCCGAAAGAGACAGUGCGGAGUUUGAUCGAUUGUUCUUUCCGACAAUGUCGUCUCCCGAGGAGAAGAAGAAGAGGAAGAGGAUGAGUACAACCAAGAAGAAGAAGCCGACGCCGCAAUCUACCCCAAACCCUUCGCUUCCCGAUGAUUUGUUACUCAGCUGCUUUGCACGCGUCUCGAGAUUGUACUACCCGACUCUCUCACUCGUCUCGAAGACCUUUCAAUCUAUCCUCGCUUCGCCUGAGCUUUACAAGACCCGCUCCUCUUUAGGCCGCAAGGAGAGUUGUCUCUAUGUGUGCCUACUUUCCGAUCCCGACCCUAUCCCUCGCUGGUACACCCUCUGCCGGAAACCUGACCGAACCCUAACCACAAAUGGCGACACCAUGAAGCUGAAGAAGAAGAAGAAGAAGUCAAGUGGGUAUGUUUUAGCUAAGCUCCCAACUCCCCAUUCUGGUCCUGCGAACUGGUCAGGUCUCGUGACGCUUGGUUCAGAUAUCUACAACUUUGGCGGAUCAGAGGAACCCUCGUCUAGCGUCUUGAUCCUGGACUCUCGGUCCAACACUUGGCGCGAGGGUCCAAGCAUGCUGGUGAAGCGAAACUACCCAGUGGCCGUUGUCCUUGAUGGAAAGAUAUAUGUAGCAGGAGGCUGCAUAGACUGCAGCAGUUUCUCUGAUUGGAUGGAGGUUUUCGAUCCAAAGAAACAAACUUGGGAGCUUGUGCCAGGCCCUGGCGCUGAGAUAUGUGGCUGUGAAUAUCUAAGUAAUAGUGCAGGGGUUGAUGGGAAAGUAUACAUCUUUGGAGGCGAUAAUGGUUUGGCUUACAGACCUAAGGAAGGUCAAUGGGAAAGGGUGGGAUGGGAGAUGGAUACGGAUUGGCCAUGGUUUUCUUUUGCGGUGAUUGACAACGUGCUCUGCAAUUACAUUGAAGGAGGGUUCAGAUGGUAUGACACUAAUGCAAGACUCUGGAAGGGUUUGAAAGGUGUGAAAGGACUGCCUAAGUUCCCUCGUUAUCGUGCUAGAUUGGCGGAUUAUGGUGGGAAGAUGGCUGUUUUGUGGGAGAGGGUUUUGGCUUCCACUGGAUUUAAGGACAAGUUGGUUUUGUGUGCAGUCAUUGCUCUUGAAAGGCGCAACAACGAUGAAGAGCUUUGGGGCAAGGUGGAAUGGCAUGACACUGUGCUUACAGUCCCCAAGUCAUUCGUCGUUGACUUUGCUCUUGCUACUACCGUUUGAUGAAUUAACAUAUGAGACCGACUUGAAUGUGAUGAAUCUUUUUGUAGUCGUGGGCAAUAGACAUCAUCCCACUUGUAAUGGUAAUCCUAUAAUCAAUCUCUUUUGGUUCAUAUGUUAAGCAUACUCCUAGGUCUGCCACUGUAUUGUACUAUCCUUUGGAAUUUGUCAUUGAUGGAAAAUGAGUGGUCAAGUUGCAGAAAUAUAUAUAUAUUUUAGAGA